CGCGGUGAAGGAAAUUGGGCAAGUAUCUCGAAAGGAGAAUUUAAGGGCGACAGAACAGCUUCACAGCUAUCUAAGAGGUGGGCCGUUCUUAGGAAGCAACAAUGUGCCUUGGUUGGGAACAAUUCCGAACUCUCAGAAAUGCAUUUGGCUCUUCGGGCAAUGUCACUGGCUCUUGAUGUGCCUAUGGGGGAUAAUUCAAAAGCAGCUUCUUCAAUCCGUAGCGAGGGCACAAAUGCAAAUGCUGCAUCUGGCAAUCCUGCUAAUCCUCUUGCCUACGAUACUUCCUCAGUUAACACAAAAUCCCAGCAUCAGGAUCAACAAGAUUUUGCAUCAAAUGCAGCACCAAAGUUGGCGACACUGGGACCUUCAAAAUUGCUGGUAUCAGAAAAACCAUCUACAAAGCCAAAUAUCAGCACAAAUUUAAUGGUCAAAGCAGCUGCAGUUGCUGCUGGGGCCCGCAUUGCUUCCCCUUCAGAUGCUGCAUCACUUUUUAGGGCUGCACAGUCUACAAAUGCUGUCCAUAUCAGUACUGGUGGAGGUCCUUUGAUUAAAUCAUCAUUUUCUGGCAACACGAAUGCGUUAUCGAGUAAUGUGCACCUCAUUUGUACAAGUUUACCAUCUAAUUCAACAUCCCUACUGAGCGCCUCACGAACUGAACCUAAGUCCGUGCAAUGCCAAUCUGUAAAUCCUGCAUCACCUGUGGUUCAAUCUAAUGCAGUUGGUAUGGCCUCAGGACUAAAUGCUUCAACCAAGGUUGUCUCAAAUGGCAGACACUCUAAUCCAGUUGCUGAGCUUGGCAUAAAAAAUGUGAAGGAAACUGUUGUUUCUAGUUUGGAAAUUAUAACAGAAAAAGUUGUUCCUCAACAAAACCAAGCUACUUGCCCACAUAUAGCUUCUGAAGGAGAUCAAUUAUCUGCUUCUACAAGAAAUGCACUGGUGGAGAAUGCCCAAGGGGAUCAAAUUGCUGUUCCAGGGAACUCAUAAAGAGAGAAGAUUGGAAUGACUUAAGGGAAGCAAAUCAACUGCUCAUCUAGGGUGCAGAAAGCUACAAUUGCCAUCCCCCUCAAUAAUGGCAACGACGCUGGAGCUGAUUGCAUAAAUGAAAUGAAAACAGUGUGACAGUAUGAACAACAGGAGCUCAAGGAGCUGCGCGAAAAGCAAAUCAGAAAUGGUGACCUGGAGGAUCUGGGAAGUAUGAUUGUUGAUGUUGCUGAUGAGAGACUCACCUAACCCUGAUUUGGACUGAGAAUAUGAGCAAAUAAAGUUGUAGUUUUGGAUCUAAAUUGUACAUAUUCUCAACACCACCCCCCCCCCCCCCCCCCCACCCCUACCGCCAACACACACACAAAAACACCUUAUCUUAUUACUCUAGGUUUGUAAAUGAAGUAUAGUAAGGUAUCUACAGUGUUCAGAUACAGAAUCUUUGAUGUGUUUUCUUGUUAAUGGUAAAAUGUAUGAAGAUGGCUCA